AAGAGAGAGAGGUCUCAGGGGAUGUCUUCCCCGAACUCUAGGUAGGCAGAGGCCCUCACCAACCCUACCAUUACGCAGCAAUGGCCUGGGCCCCAGAGCGGAAGAGGGCAGAGCCUAGAGAUGGCGGGGCCAGCCGGGAUGGCAGGGCCGGCCGGGGCGGCUGGAGCGGCAGGGGCGGCUGGGGCGGCAGGGGCGGCAGCGGCCCCUCCAGCUCCCUGGAGCCUAGGGCCUGCAGCUCCGGAGACCCACCCCUCUGCUUCAGAUUAAAGAACAGUAUGAUUGGGGUGGUGAUCGGUCGCGGUGGAUCGAAAAUAAAAGACAUCCAGAGUGCGACAAGCACCAAAAUACAGAUCAUAAAAGGUGAUUCUGAAGCCGAGGUGAAAAUUUUCGGCACCAGAGAAAUGAAAGCUAAAGCCAAAGCAGCUAUAGAAACUCUUGUUAAAAAGCAAGAAGCUAGGUGCGGUUUGGGAUCCAGUGUCGAUAAUGCUGCGUCCCAACCCUCUGUUGCAAGAGGCGUCAGCACAGAUAACGUUGCUAAAGUUCGGCCGCUGAUAGAUUGGGACCACGUAAGGGCGGAGGUUGUGGAGUGGGAAAAGAGGAAAUGGGCGGAUUUACCACCAAUUAAGAAACACUUCUACGUAGAAUCCAGAGCAACAAGCUCAUUAUCUCAAGUGCAAGUAGACGCUUGGAGAAAGGAGAAUUUCAACAUCGUGUGUGACGACUUGAAAGAUGGUGAAAAACGUCCCAUCCCCAAUCCAACCUGUACAUUUGAAGAUGCUUUCCAGCAAUAUCCCGAGCUUAUGAAAAGCAUCAAGAAAGCAGGGUUCCAAAAGCCAACGCCAAUUCAGUCACAGGCAUGGCCGAUUGUUCUACAAGGAAUAGAUCUCAUAGGAGUUGCCCAAACUGGAACAGGCAAAACAUUGUCCUAUUUAAUGCCUGGGUUUAUUCACCUCCACUCGCAGCCAAUCUCUCGAGGACAAAGAAAUGGACCUGGCAUGCUAGUCCUUACACCCACUAGGGAAUUAGCUCUGCAGGUGGAAGCGGAAUGUUCUAAGUAUUCAUAUAAAGGUCUUAAAAGUGUUUGUAUAUAUGGCGGCGGAAAUAGGAAAGAACAAAUCCAAGACAUCACCAAAGGCGUGGACAUCGUUAUUGCAACUCCCGGACGACUGAAUGAUCUGCAAAUGAAUAAGUUUGUCAACCUAAGAAGCAUAACCUACUUAGUCUUAGAUGAAGCAGAUAAAAUGUUGGAUCUGGGGUUUGAACACCAGAUCAUGAAGAUUUUAUUAGAUGUGCGCCCAGACCGGCAGACUGUCAUGACAAGUGCAACUUGGCCAGAUACCAUUCGUCAACUUGCAAAAUCUUAUUUGAAAGAGCCUAUGAUUGUUUAUGUUGGUACUCUGGAUCUAGUUGCCGUAAAUACGGUGAAGCAAAAUAUAAUUGUCACCACAGAGGAAGAAAAACGAUCUCUUAUGCAAGAAUUCCUACAGAGCCUGUCACCCGAAGACAAAGUCAUCGUGUUUGUCAGCCGAAAACUUGUUGCAGAUGACUUAUCAAGCGAUUUAAGCAUCCAGGGCAUACCGGUACAAUCCCUGCAUGGCAACAGAGAGCAGUGCGAACGGGAGCAGGCGUUAGAGGACUUUAGAAGCGGAAAAGCGAAAAUAUUGAUAGCUACCGACUUAGCAUCCCGAGGUCUCGAUGUUAACGAUGUCACACACGUGUAUAAUUACGACUUCCCACGGAAUAUUGAAGAAUACGUCCACAGAGUAGGGCGUACUGGAAGAGCAGGGAAGACUGGAGUAGCUGUUACCCUUAUGACUCGAGAUGAUGGGAAGGUUGCCGCGGAAUUGAUUCAGAUUCUGAAAAGAGCCAAUCAAAGUGUCCCAGAAGAUCUUCUAACAAUGGCAGAGCAAUACAAGUCACGUAAAGAAAGAAAUGACCCGGGAAAAAAAUCAAGAAGGCCUCAAGGAAAAGCCAAGGACUUUCACUGAUGUCUACAUUGAAAACUUGUGCCAGGCUACUGGAAGAUUCAAGUUGUGU